AUGAAUCCCAACCCCCAAUUCCCCAAUGCCCCCGGCAGCGGGGGCAUGGUAGGUGUCAAGCCCGGCAUGCAGCAGCCCAACAAGGAUAGCCAGCAGAGUCAGUCUAUUAUCAUGGGCCAUGUCGCCCAGGUCUUGCAUUCUCAAGGUCCCUUCAGUGGAUGGAAAGCAGAUGUCCACAUCAAGAUUCGUGCGAUGAACGUUUGGCAAAUGAUCACCUCCCUCCGCCUAAUCCAACCUCGUAUUGAUAUUCAAGCCGCCGCCCAGGCCGCCCUCAGUUUCGAACAAAAAGCUGACUACGAACGUGAAUGCAACGAAAAGCUCUCCCACAUUAAAGAUACCCGUCAGAGACAAGCUGCGGUCGCGCUUCAAAGCGGCAUGCAAAAUGGCAUGAUGCCCCAGGCGGGUGGCAUGCAAAAUCCCCUCCAGGCUGGUUUUCCGCAACAGAUGAAUCGAGGCAUGCAGGCGUCCCCAAUACCAGGUCAACAGCAGAUGCCCAUGGGAAUGAACGACCCGAACCAGCAGGCAGCGAUGCAACAGCGCCAACAACAACAAUCGGCCAUGCUGCAACAACAACAACGCGCCCAACAACGUCCUACGAACAGCGGUCCCCUCCACGACGAUCUGAAUACCCUUUCUCCGCAAGACGUUGAGCAUGUCUCUCGCCUGGCGAACCAAAUGUUGGCCAAGACUUCCGCCGAAGACAUGGAGAAGAUCAAGAUGAAUCUUUCCAACAUGAGUGCCGAACAACGAACGUACCUGGCUCGCAAGAACAUGGACCCGAUGACAUAUUUCUUCCGCUCACAAGCUCUGAAUCAACUGCGCCGACACCGCCGAGCGCGCAUGGAAAUGGGUCGUCCGAAUAACGCUGGCGUGGAUUCCAACGGCGCCAUUAUGGGAGAUCCCAUGAUGAAUCAACGUCAAAUGCUGCAAAAUAUGAUGAACCUCCAGCGCAACUCAGGCUUUUCCGGGAGCCCUAGUCAAGGCCUGGACUCAAACUCUUUCAUCGGAAACGUGGAAAACAUCCAAGGUCAGCAGGCAGAUGGUCUGCGCUCACAGGAAGCUGGGCAACUGGUGGUCCCUGCAAGCUCAUCACAGAUGAAUCAAACACCUUUCCCCAACCAACAGCAACCAAAUAUGUUUCCGCAGCAGAUGGGCCAAAAUGGCCAGAACAUGAAUCCACAGCUAUUUGGCCAGCAACAUUUUCCAAACGGAUCCAAUGGCCAAGACCGGAUGCAAUUCCAAGCUCAGCAGUCGCAAGCUCAGGCUCAAGCCCAAGCACGGGCGCAAGCAGCGGCCGCCCAGAAAGCUCAGCUUGCUCUAUCCGGCCACGGUGGACAGGCAAACCCCCAGAUGUCCCAGUCUAGCCCGGUCAUGCCGAUGUUGAAUCAACCGAUGGCUCCUGGUCAGAUGUCUCCUGCUCAGGUGCCUGGCCAACCUCGACCUCCCUCCCGUCCACCAAAUGCGGGCCAGCCCAACAUGCAAGGUCGACCGCAGAUUCCCCCCAACCUGCCGCAGGCGGUCCAGGAGCAACUUGCCCAAAUGACCAAUGAGCAGCUUCAAGCAUUCGUUCUCACUCAACGCCGCAACGCAAUGGCAAACAACAUGGCUCGCAAUGGUGGUCAGCAACCUGGCCCUCUUCAGCAGACAGCAUCGCAACCCGGCCAAGGUCAGGCGAUGUUCAAUGGCCAGAUGGCCGGCAAUGGUCGAAUGAGAAAUUCGAUGAGUAUGCCACAAGGCAUGAAUCCUGCUGGGUCAGCUCCGCCUCAGCAGAUUCCAGGUCAGGCUCUGACCCCCCAACAACGUGUGCAGCAACAGCAACGCCAGCAAGAUCUCUACAAACUUCAACUCUUGCAUCAGCAGAACAUUGGCCUGGAAAUGACUCCUGACCAGGUCAAGGAGAUGGAUCGUGCGGCCUUUCCACCCAAUAUCAUCAAUAACCAAAACCACAACCCUUCCCAGGUACCCAAACACAUCAAAACUUGGGGCCAACUUAAGCAGUGGGCCAAUACCAACCCACAGGCAUCAAACGGUGUCGAUCUGACCAAGCUUAUGAUGUUGCAAAAACUCCACUUUGGACAGAUUUUAGCUAACAGGGCCGGGGCUUCGAAUAACCAGGGCCAGGGCAUCUUAUCACAGCACCCGCAAGGACAGCCAGGUCAAAUGCCAAAUGUACAAAACCUUCCCAACGGACAACCUCAGCCUCAGAUGCCUCAGAUGCGGCCACUCACCCCCCAGGAUAUCCACAUGGCUCGUCAGAAGAUGGGUCAAAAUUCCAACAAUCUCUCUGAUGACCAGAUUCGUGAGCUCCUCCAGCACCGCCAGAGGCAGAUCAUUCUGCAGGCUGCACGUGCCCGUCAACAAGAAAUGAAUGUGAAUGCAGCGAAAAUGCCACCUGGGCAGCAUAACCAGCCUAUGCCGCAGCCUCCUGUCUCCGUACCUCAGACUGCUGGCCAAGUGAACCCACCCACAGGUCCGCAAUCAUUGGCAAUCACCGACCAGCAGCAAUUGAAUACUAAACUUCAAGCUGGAGGACCGGCAAAGAAUGCCAAGGCUGCAGCCGGCAAACAGAACCAGAAGAGCAAGGUCAAAAUGGAAGAUACUGGAGAAGCUCAAGCCUCAGUUACAUCUCAACAGCCCCAUCAAGGUGCUCCCCCUGCAGCUGCUCCCCCUGCCGCUCGGUCGGGUGUUCCAUUCUCCCACGAUCAGCUUAAUUCGAUGACCCCCCAGCAGCGAAUGCAGGUCGAAAGUCAUAUGCGUAAGCAACAGCAGCCCUUCCUUCGUGGUCCGAUAAUCAGUCGAGCUGCAGCGGAUGAGAACUGGAAGAACAAUCUCAAGCCUGAGAUCAUGAGCGUUUAUAUGGAUAUUGCCAAGAGCGCCCCGCCUACUCAACCCAUUGCCAAUUCUCCUGAACAAAAGGCGGUUAUGUCUCAGCUGUUGAUGGACUCCCUGGAUAUCCUUGGGAGGUUGGAUUUUUUGAUGACACACGGUUUUGCUAAGAUGCAGGGCCAGGAGAAGAAUGUCAGAAAUCUUCUUGCUAUGCGGGUUCAAAUCAUGCGACAGUUCAAGAACACACAGGAUUGGGUUCUUAAUGAUAAUUUCACCAUUAGCCACGAUUACUUGACUGGCGCUAUCCUGUUCAUUCGAAAGUUAUUCCAGUUGAUGUUCCUUCGCAUAAACCAGCAACGGUCUAAUGCGAAUGCCCCCGCAUCUGCUGCACAGGCACCGAGCACCACUGCGCUAAACGCGACCAAUCUUGAACAGUUACAAGCACAGCAAGAACAAGCUCUCCAACACGCCCGACGUGCCUCCAGUUCCGGUGCAGCUGUUGCCUCGGCGCCCUUCGGAGCGCCAUCCCCACAGGGUGUGCCGCACGUCUACGGUCCAGGUGGUCUUCCACCAGAGAAGCUGAAACUUCCCCCACCCAAGAAGAGAAAACAGUCUCACGCUGGCGCCCCCAGUGCCUCGCCUGUGCAAGCUAACUCUGCCUCUGUGGCCGCGGCUACCUACCAAGCCGCCGUGGCGAACGCCAAAACAAAGGCCGCCGCUUUGGCUGGCGCAUUCAAGUGCAGCGUCGUCGAGUGCCAACACCAUUUCCAGGGCCUACCAACCCAAGCAGCUCUGGACAAGCACGUCGAAGAAAACCAUCAACCCGAGGAAGAGGAGGUUAUCGGCGAUCCUAUGCAGUUCUACCUUGACAGUGUUUCCAUUGGCCUGGGGUUGACUGCCGACGGCCAGCAGCCCAAGCAAUCCAUUGAAUCUGCUCCUCCUGUCAACACUAGCAACAAACUCAGUGCAAUGGCCUCGCCCGCCAAGCAGGGCUUGCCCACACCUGUGACUGCUAGCACAACACCCAUGGCUCGCGUGACUAGCCAACUCGGAGCCAAGACUGCGUCUCCUGCGAUAUCUGCGCAGCAGCUUACUCCCCUCCAAGCAGCGAACAAAAUUGGAAAGCCUUCCCCUGGAAAGCAACCCGGCAAGCGUACUUUGGACGAUCUCGAGGGCGAGGACCCUUGGGCAGAUGCCCCGAUGAACCUUGAAAAGAUUCAUGAUACCUUCGCGCCCGUUCUCGCAGACUGCCGACGCAAGGGUCUAGGCUACGAUCCCUUCGAUGAAUUCCUGAAUACCGAAAUGUUCUCCCUCGACCAAUCUGAUGAUACUCCCGACUCUCGUGACACUGCUCUAGCAACCCUCACCCCCAAGGAUGAGCACAAAGAUUGUAAUGGGGUUGUUUGGUAUGAUUUCAUGCCCUGGGACGAAGAUUCCAUCCAAGCCACCAAAGACUGGAUGAAGUUGCCCUCUUCCUCCGAGUUCUCCAACGGUGUUCGCUUCCCCACUGGACCGGAUGCUUUGCAAUUCGACUGGAAUAACGACGACCAACCUCAAAAGGACAUGAACAUGGAGAACGGCACUAUCGCCAUUGCUGCUCUGUAA